AUGCUGAAACAGUGGAUGGUCAAUGAUGGUGCAUGUGAUGCAAUUACUGUCGAAGAACGGUAUGUGAAAUGGACUGAAGAUCUACGAAGUGACCGGUACACCACUGUGACCUUGCUGCAGCUUGAGCAGCGCUAUGGGACCACCGCAGAUGCCAAGGAGUUCAUUGAUGAGCUCAUCAAAGGACAAGCUGGGACGCCGCAUCCACAGGCACCUGCGUGCAAGAAGGCCCGUAUGUACAAGGUGCUGAACGAGAUUUCGGAAGAGGUGAUUCAUGGCCAGAGGGCUGACACCAGCUUGAGUGUUGGGGGCCGUGUGCGAAAUCCUGAGAUGAAAUCCAUGUUGGCUAAACAACUUGGCCAGGGAUUGCAAUCCUUGGAAGGGGCUACGUUGGUUGACACGAAAACAGGUAGGUUGAAGAAGGCAAUCAAGGAUCUUCCGGAAGUCUUGGACGCACUGGACAAGUAUGGCAUCAGAAACUCCAGUGAGUUGGAGGUGGCGUUGAAGUGUCAUCUGAGACACCUUCACAGCCUGAUGGAACGUGUGGAUGAGCGGCUGGGCAUUGCACUGUCGGAUGUGGAUGCUGGUGGAACUCACGGUGCGAACUCCGUUGGAGGACAAGACAUUGGAGGAGAGAUACCAUAUGGGAUCGUGGCAUAUGUUCUUGCCUUCGGAGGUGCGACUGUGGACGAUCGGCUUCAUGCUGCCUAUGUGGAAUUUUCCAAGCUGUGCAAGGUUCACAAGAUCCGUCUCUUGGUGACGAGGACAUGGCUGCUUGGUGGCAUCUUGGGCAUUUUGCUUGGCCAAAUUUGA